AUGUCAACGCACAGCGAAGACGUCACGUGCUACAUUUGUUCGGGGAAGCCGGCCGGCUACGUGCAUGAUCCGGGGAAGGUCGACGUCGCCUACCCUCUGUGCAAGGCACAUGCAAGGCGCUUUUACGAGGGGGCUGGCGGACACGAGGGUUGUCGGCGGCCGGCACUGGAAACUUACAAGUGCAUCGGUUUGGCGGUAUACCUGAUGGAGGAGCGGGGCACCAACAAAGAGGUGCUGGCAUCGCUGCGCGAUCGCUGCUGUUGCCGAUGCACCUUCAUGUUGUCCCCUCUGGAAGCACUACAACGAGGCCACCAGAAAAAGGAG